AUGGCUGCAGACGUGGCGGUGUCUCUGACGGUGCUCGCGGGGAUCGUUGUUCUGAGCCACGCGACCCGCAGAGUUUUGGGCAGGGCCCUCGCGGCCACCGGGCUGUCUGUGUAUGCGGUGGAGCUCGUGUCCACCUUCCAGCUGUGCUGCUGCACUCACGAGCUGAAGUUGCUUUCCGAGGUGGGCGGGAUCGAGCCUCGACUCGCGCUUACCCUGACGUACCUGGCGUCAGUGGUGCACGGGCUCACCUUCAGCGGGGCCAUCGGCAACCCGUCCGGUGCACUCGAGCACGCGUACCGCGCGAGGUUGUCGGGCGGAUGUGCCCUACGACGCAUAGCGUGCCAGUUCACUGCGGCAGCCGCUGCACGAGCUGCAGUGCCGGUGAUUUGGGGUAUCGGGUUGUCGGGACUGCACGCGCGGCAUAAAUUGUUCGGGUACCAGUGCAUCACCCCCAUUCGCGCACCGCUGCUGAAGGCCGCCGUUGUGGAGCUCGCGUGCGCGUUUGUUGUACAAACUGCUAUUACACACACGCGAGCUGUGGAGGAGAAAUAUCGUGUGCACGCAGUGGCUGCGGUCAUCACAACAGUGGUUUAUGCAGGUGGCAGUGUAACAGGAGCAGUGUUUAACCCGGCCCUGGCCUUCUCCACACAGUUCCCCUGCAGUGGAAACUCCUUCCUGGAGUACUGCAUGGUCUACUGGCUGGGCCCGCUGCUGGGUAUGAUGACAUCAGUGCUGCUGUAUGAUAAACUCGUUCCUCUGCUGGCGGGAAAAUCAACGUCUCCCUACGACUCCCUGGACGCCAGGAAGAGGCAGUGAGCACCGCGGGACGCUGCCGUUACAAACCCAGAGCACAUGUGGAGAUGUUGGUUCUGACAGACUGUUAAUCUGCUGCUGAGAACAGCACUGAUAUGCACUUUGUUUAAAGACCUCAACCUGGAAUUUUUCCUUUAUUUUACAAUGAAUGGACCACGAUUAUCUAAUCAGUAUAGUCUGAAGGACGAUUUCACCUCAAAAGCACAUCUAUAAACCACAACUUACUGUAAACACUAACUUUAGUGUUUGUUUUAA